CCCCGCCGCCCUUCCCCGGGGAGCCGCUCCCGCCGCCCGGCCUCGCCGCGAUGUCGGGGCAGUCGAUCACCGACCGCAUCACGGCGGCGCAGCACAGCGUCACUGGCUCGGCCGUGGCCAAAGCCGUCUGCAAGGCCACGACCCACGAGGUGAUGGGCCCCAAGAAGAAGCACCUGGACUAUCUCAUACAGUGCACAAAUGAAAUGAAUGUGAAUAUUCCACAGCUGGCAGACACGCUCUUUGAGAGAACUGCAAACAGUAGCUGGGUUGUAGUGUUCAAAGCUCUAAUUACAACACACCACCUCAUGAUGUAUGGAAAUGAGCGCUUUAUCCAGUAUCUUGCAUCUCGAAACACAUUGUUCAAUUUAAACAACUACCUGGACAAAAGUGCCAUGCAGGGCUAUGAUAUGUCUACCUUCAUUAGGCGGUAUAGCAGAUACUUGAAUGAAAAAGCACUUUCAUACAGACUUGUAGCAGUUGACUUCACCAAAAUGAAAAGAGGGAUAGAUGGAGUAAUGAGAACCAUGAAUGCUGAAAAGCUCCUAAAAACUCUUCCAAUCAUACAGAACCAGCAUGAUGCACUCCUUGAUUUUGAUGCAAAUCCAAAUGAACUAACAAAUGGUGUCAUUAAUGCUGCCUUUAUGCUCCUCUUCAAAGAUUCCAUUAGACUUUUUGCAGCAUACAAUGAGGGGAUUAUUAAUCUUUUAGAAAAAUAUUUUGAUAUGAAGAAGAACCAGUGUAAAGAAGGCUUGGAUAUGUACAAGAAAUUCCUAUCCAGAAUGACUAAAUUGUCAGAAUUCCUCAAAGUAGCAGAGCAAGUUGGAAUCGAUCAGGGGGACAUUCCAGAUCUUACUCAGGUCAGUGCACCCAGCAGCUUGCUUGAAGCACUGGAGCAGCAUUUGGCUUCUCUGGAGGGAAAGAAAACAAAAGAAGUCUCUGCUGCCAGCAGGGCUAGUGCUCUGUCCUGUGCUGUUUCCACGCUUGCCAACACUGGGAUGUCAUUGAGCAGGAUGGAUGAGAAAGAGAAGCAGCAGGCGUUGGAGGAGGAACAAGCUAGACUGCAAGCUCUUAAGGAGCAGCGAUUAAGAGAGAUUUCUGUAGUAUCAAAUUCUACUUCCACAUCAGCAUCCCCAAGCACCUUAUCAGGAAAAAGUGUGAAUACCACUGCAGCUGUUGACCUCUUUUCAGUAUCGGCACCCACAACAAAUAGCAUGCCCAACCUUUCCAGUGAUCUUUUUGAUCUUCAGCCUGUGUUUGUUCCAACUGUACAGGGUACUGCAGCUACAGCAACGUCAGCAGGCAGUGCUUGGGGAGGUCCUUUCUCGUCCUCAAAUGGUUGUGUUGAGUCUCCACCUCAUCUGGACAUCUUUGACAUGAAGCCAGUUGAAGAAGCUGUAAAAUCUACUGCCCCUUUCAUCAGUGCUAGCUUGUCUUCCAGACACACAGUGGAACUAUUUAGUGAUGACUUCAGUGGCCGUAAACCUACCUAUACCUCUGUGUAUCAUCCUCUGUCUGUUGAUGGUUUCCCUCUUCAUUCAGCUCCUCCAAGUGCCACCCCUUCAGCAAUCAAUGUUGACUUUGAUGCUGUUUUUGGAGGAAAAUCUACAGCACCGCAGUACAGGACUGCAAGUGAUGAUGUUUUGCAACCCACAGUACCACCACCAAGUCAAAGAGCCACCUCAGCCAACCAGCCAAGUGGAAAAAUUCUGGCAAAUGACCUUGAUUCUUCUCUCGCUAAUCUAGUGGGAAGUCUUGGCUUUGGAGGAACUCCAUCCAAAAAGUCUGAUAUGCAGUGGACCCAGCCUGCAGAGAAAAAACUUACUGGUGGAACAAACUGGCAAGCAAAAACGAGCACAUCGACCACAUGGAACCCUACUCCCUUACCCACGCUGCCACAUAUGGUGCCUGCUCCAGUUGCAUACCAAGUGACUACGCCUCAAGUGCCUGUCUAUGGAAUGCAGGUCCCUUCUCAGAUGGGAGCUGCUCCUUUGAUGGCACCCCAGUCAGUGAUAUAUACGCAGCCUGGUCUAAGGCCGACAAAUCCUUUUGCACCUGUUUCUGGAACACAGAUACAGUUCAUGUAGAGCCGCCAAAGCUGCGAGAUGUGAGAAGAACCAAAUACUGGUAAAAUGAAAGAAGGAAAUCUUUCUGUGAUUUCUGGAUUCCUGAACAGGGUGACUAUUUCUCCCCUGUGCGACAUAAUGUUGUUUUGAAUUGCCGUGCUUUAGGGAUUCUUGUUUAUAACAGUCACUGCUGUGUGAGAUGGUCACCAAUUUCAAGAUUGCUUGGCAGGAAACUGUUCUCAGAGGCUGAAGGUUGACUUGGAAGGCACAAACUGGAUUCUUCUCUUCAGAGCUGAGGGGGUUACACAAUUGCUUUGCAACCUGGUUCUUCAGUGAAUUGUGUUAAAAAAUGAAUGGAAAACGUUAACUCUUUAUUCUCUCCGUAAAUGAGGUGGCUGUUGUAACCAAGACGCAACUCAAAGCUGAGCAAUAGCUUUUUUGUACACUUAAAGAAAUACUCUGAUAGAGUAAUAUUUGUGUUAUCCUAAUGCCAAUAUUGUGUGAAAUCAGACAGCUCUGACAUCAGAAUAGCUGAGGGUAAUCUACAGCCUUUAUAAUGUGAGUUUUAAAUGCUGUGAAUCAACAAGAUCUCUACGUAUUCAGAAAUGCAGAGAGUCAAAUAAGUGAUUGCACCACUGGGACGGCAGUGUUACACAGCUGGUUGAAAUCACAGCUAGUUGAAAGAGCCUGGCUCUGGCAAGGGCUGCCGUAGGGUAGGGGAUACAAGUGUGUCACAACAGCACGGACAGCCUCCAACAGGUGACAGCAGGCGCACUUUCACUGAGUGUCUUCUCCACAAAGGGCAUCUUUCACAGCUGAAGGGAGAGUAGAUCCUGUUACAGUGAACGUAGAUCCCCCAAGCAGCAGCAGACGAGAGCAGCUCAGAGCUCUGGUUGCUAGCUACAGAAGAGGUAAGCUAUCCAAUUUGAAAGGGCGAUGGGAGAAGACGUCCACUAAAAAACCCUUUCCUUUGAGCUUACAGACUUUUUAGAAAGCAAGCUUUGCCAUAAUGCUGGUGUUUCAGAACUGGCAGUUUUACAGAAAUAGUCUUGCUCUGGUGAAGUGCUUGUGCUCCUUUUCUGAAACAAGAAUCUACUUGCAACCAGAAUAAAAGGAAUGAUUUUUAAAUAUGUAAAUAUGUGCAAACUUGUAAAUAAGGUUUUCUUUCAUGCUGCGGUAAUCUUUUCCUUCCGUAGUAUUUUCAAGACAAAAAUGCUUUCUUAAGAAAUAGAGGCUUGAGAGGAAUACCUUGUAUGUGAAAUAAUUCCUGACGUGUGCUGUUGCUGGUGAGGCAGUUGUCUGUGCUUCUGGCACAUCCUGCAUAUUUAAGUCUUUCUCCAAAGUUUAGGUGGGCUAUGAAAAUGCUGCUUUGUAUUUUUUUGUUGUCCGAUGCAAAGUGAUAGCAUAUUGCAAAAAGGGGGGAGGGAAAUGGGCGAGUAAUGGGUGAACGGAACAGGGAGCAGAAUGCAGGGAAAACCUCUCCUGCCAAUUGUAAUGCUACCAGUGAUAAAUGUGAAAGGUGGGUUUUCAAAACAACAUCAGUCUUCUGCUUCUAUACCCUAAGUGGGCCUUGAGAGUACAGUGCUGUUAAUCUGGGUGUAAUUGACAACAGAACUGCAGAAAUCUGACCUGCUAUAAAUGCAGAUAGGCCUGGAAGUCCUGUCAGUCUGUCCUUUCCAGAAGAACUUGGAAGAGCAACGCUUUUCACAUUGCAGAGACAAGCUUUCUUUUUGAAUGCUUCAUUAUGUUCCAGGAGCGUGGAAGAAAUGCUACAGAAACACACUUGUUAAGUGAAACAGUUAAAAAAUAAUUAAAUGAAAACAACGGCGGAAGAGGAAAGCACAACAGCCCAGCUUACUGGCAGAUGUAACCUGGUAUGCUGCAGUUCCACGCCUGUUUGAACUACAGAAGAGCUUUCCUCCAGCUCUCUUGGGCUGAACAGUGGCACAGUUUAAAGGCAGUGAGUUCUGCGAUGCCUGUAGUUGCCCCCUGGGUGAUGAGGAACAGAUGCCACUGAGAAGGGAUCACUGUGCUGAGGAGGCUGUUUUUUUAGGAGACAGGUACUUCCUUGGAUAUAUCCAGCAUGGAACAGUCUUGAGUUCAGAGUCGCAGCGUUUCUAGUAAGAAAUGAUGGAGCUGCGAGUGCUGCAGCCAGGCAGUUUCCAGCACCAGGAACUGUGAGGUCUCCUCUGAUACGGCGUUGCUGAAGUAAAGAUCUGUUCCAUUAUUCAAAUCUGCAAAUAAAUAUCUGCCUAACAGUAUGUUUGUCUAAAACUGAAACAGUUGCAGAGCAUUUGGAAUAUCCAGAAUGGACAGACUUUGCUGCAAAAGGAGGUACUAAUGAGACCAGCCAGCAGUUGUAGUGCUGCUCCGCGUUGUGAUUUACUCUGCGUUUCUUUAGUGUCCUUGUAGCAAAGCAAUGUGAGAGCAGCUUCCUAUUGGAAAAGGGGAGAUGGCCGCACAGUGCCCCCUGCAGACCUGCGAAGCUCCGCUUUUAGUCUCGUUUGCAAUGCUGGGCAAGUGAGAACCGUUAGCUCAGCUUUAUCCUUGGGAGGAGGAGAUGGCGGGCACAAGUGGUGGGGGCAGUUCUGCGGAGUGAAACUGGGACGAGAGAUGGAGAUAAAUGUCACUUUCCCUUUUGUCUUCCAACUCCUUUGCUCAGAAUCCUGCUCUGAAUGCUUGUUAUCUGCGAUGUCACUCCACGUGUGGCAGAACAGGAGGAAGACUUUGCAGUAUGCUGUGUGCCUUGCGCCGCUGUACUUGAGCGGUUGGUUUGAGGCUGGCAGUUGGGACUCAGCAGUGCUGCAGGAGGGCUGUCUUCCAUGGCGUGUACAGUAAGAUGGCUGGGCUGCUGGGGAAGGUUGAUGGCGUUAGGCCUCUUGGACUUGACAAGUGAACCUCUUUUUAAAUAGCCACAUUUUGUAAUGCUCUUCAGGUCUAGUUCGACUUUGCCUCUACAAAGUGACAGGCUUUGACUUUUUUUGAAUUCAGACAAAUUAUUUACUAAAGAAAUCUAGGUUCUGUGCACAUAGAGAUGCAGUGAGUGUAGGGAAAAACUGCAAGCAGACAUUGCUAAUGGAGGAGGAAAAAACUAACAAUAAAGCCCCCAACUACGAGAUCGACUACAGGGUGUAUCCACAUCAGUUUUUUUCUGUGGCAGGGACGUGGGGGUGGGGGUGGGUUGCAAUUUGAAUAGUAAGCGCUGUGGAUCGGUGCUUAAUUUGUAUAUAAAAAGGAACACUUGUGUUUUGGGCAGUUUGUAUUGUAAGGGCAACAUUUAAAGGCACUGCGUCUCGGUCUUUUAUUUCCAUUUUAAAGAUUAUAUUUUUGAGCAAUGGAAACUGUACGUGUGAUCAUUUGUACACCUGCUGGCAGCUAUGAAGAGAGAAGAGCGUGCUGUUACUCAGCAGAUGCCUGAUUUGUCAUUGAUAUUUACAUUAAAGGAACUGCUCAGUAAGGCGGUCUUUAAAGAGAUGGCAGUAACCUCUGCAGUUACGAGAGUUGUGCCAGCAGGUCUUUGGUCUGUCUGAAACGUGCACCCUCACAUCGCUCACACUUCAUCCUUUCCCAAGCGUCUGUCCAGAAUUUCUCUUUGGAGUAAUGGAGCAGCAGGUGCUGGAAUAGCUUCUUCCUCCUCACCUCCUCCACUGUUUACUUAGUAGGUCUUGUUUUCUAUGUGAUGUUUUUCCCCAGAACAGGUUUGUGCCUUUAUUGGAUAUUUAUUUAAAAGGACCUACUCUUAUUUAGGCUGUUGAGGCUUUUCUCGGAUGUUUUGUACAGCUGUUCCUGUACGUGAGUUGCUUCAUUUUCUAAGGAUAUAAGGUGUGGGAAAACACCAUCCACAAGCUGGAGGGGAAACUUAUAGGAAAAGUACUGAGGGUUUGCAUUCUAUCAACUUCUUUUCUUCUUUAAGGAAAAAAAAAAAUAAAAAUGAAGCCAAAGCCCAAAGUUGGCUGUGGGCUCUGUUGAUAUUUUGACUGUGGGCCUUUA